ACAAUGCCUCAUGCCACCUGGUAUCUCCGCUGAGGUCCCGAUUUAAAUCCAGGCAGUGAGGAAAAUGGCGGUGUGGGGUUGAGUGCGGGGGAGACGGAAAUGUAGCUGAGCUUUGGCUCAUUUCCCAGGCAUUCCUGUUGGCUUCUGCUGUAUCGAAUACUGUGCUAGGAUGUGACUUAAAAUUACUUCUGAUUCUGAAGGUCCUCUGAAAAGUAUACAGUGCUUGAAUGUUUGCUAAGGACUAAGUUGCUGAUGCAUGGUCAAGAUGAGUGGAUUAGGAGAAAACUCCUUAGAUAGUUUGACUAAUGAGUCAAGGAAGCGCAAGCCAUUGCCCUGUGAUACACCAAGUGCAAGUCUGGUCUGCAGUGGUGAGAAACGUCGACGUGAGCAGGAAAGCAAAUACAUUGGAGAACUGGCUGAGCUGAUAUCUGCUAAUCUGAGUGACAUUGACAAUUUCAAUGUCAAACCAGAUAAAUGUGCUAUUUUAAAAGAAACUGUGAAACAGAUUCGACAAAUAAAAGAGCAAGGAAAAGCAGUUUCUAAUGAUGAUGAUGUUCAGAAAGCUGAUGUAUCAUCCACGGGUCAGGGAGUUAUUGACAAGGAUUCACUGGGACCUCUUUUAUUACAGGCAUUGGACGGCUUCCUCUUUGUUGUAAAUCGAGAUGGGAACAUAGUAUUUGUAUCAGAAAAUGUCACACAGUAUCUGCAGUAUAAGCAAGAAGAUUUGGUUAAUACAAGUGUCUAUGGUAUCUUGCAUGAAGAGGACCGGAAGGACUUUCUUAAAAACUUACCUAAAUCAUCAGUUAAUGGAGUUGCUUGGACUAAUGAAACACCUAGACAGAAGAGCCAUACAUUCAAUUGCCGGAUGAUGGUGAAAAGCUCUCAUGAUCUCUUGGAAGAUGUGGGUGGCUACCAGGAUAUGCAUCAAAGAUACGAAACUAUGCAGUGCUUUGCUUUAUCACAGCCAAGAGCUAUGAUGGAAGAGGGGGAAGAUUUGCAGUCCUGCAUGAUUUGUGUGGCGCGUCGUAUCACAACUGCAGAAAGGGUGUUUCCAGCAAAUCCAGAGAGCUUCAUUACAAGACAUGAUCUUUCAGGUGCCUGUAACCCGAGACUACAGUUACUGUUUUCUAAAGCUCUGACAGUGACCUGCAAACUUGUCAACAUUGAUCCAAACUCAUUACAAUCUUCCAUGAGACCUGGCUUUGAAGAUAUAAUUCGUCGGUGUAUUCAGAGAUUCUUAUGCCACAAUGAUGGGCAGUCAUGGUCAAAUAAACACCACUAUCAUGAAGCUUAUACACAGGGUCAUGCUGAAACCCCAUUGUAUCGGUUUUCUUUGGCGGAUGGUACAAUAGUGACAGCACAAACAAAGAGUAAACUGUUUCAAAAUCCAAUAACUAAUGAUCGCCAUGGAUUUGUCUCUACCCACUUCCUUCACAGAGAACAAAAUGGAUAUCGGCCAAAUCCUAAUACUGUUGGGCAAAACAUCAGAACACCUGUGACUGGAAACACAAAUUCUGUUAAUGGUCUUACGAAUACGCCACCUGGUCAAGCCAUGUCAAUGCAGAACAGGAACUAUGGGAUGGGAGAUCCCAAUGCAGUGAGUCAGCUCACCAGCACUCGAUAUGGAGCCCCUGGGAGUAUGGGACCAGUCAACUCUGGACCCGGAACGCAGUCCUGUGCUUAUCAGAGUAACAGUUUUGCAUUAAGUAUAAGUAGCCCACCACAUGGUAGUCCUGGCUUAACUUCUAACCAACAGAAUCUAAUGGUAUCUCCUAGGAAUCGAGGGAGUCCAAAAAUGAGUUCACACCAGUAUUCUCCAAUUACAGGUAUGCACUCACCAAUGGGAUCUGCCAGCAACACCAGCAACAGCACUUUCUCUAGCAGUUCUCUUAGUGCUCUGCAAGCUAUUAGUGAGGGUGUUGGAAAUUCCCUUUUAUCGACACUUUCUUCACCGAGUCCAAAAUUGGAUAAUUCCCCAAGCAUUAGCAUAACUCAGCAAAGUAAAACAAGUACCCAGGACUCCAGAAGCCCCUCUGGUUUGUAUUGCGAACAAAACCAAGUGGAAAGUUCCAUCUGCCAGUCAAACAGCAGGGAUCUCUUUAGUGAAAAAGAUAGUAAAGAGGGAAAUAUGGAGGCAUCUGAAAGUCAGAGAGGACCGUCUGAGAGCAAAGGGCAUAAAAAACUCCUUCAGCUACUCACGUGCUCCUCAGAUGAAAGAGGACAUUCUACGGCAUCAAACUCACCUUUAGACUCAAAUUGUAAAGAAUCUUCUACCAGUGUUACCAGUCCUUCUGGAGUUUCAUCAUCAACAUCUGGAGGGGUAUCUUCGUCCUCAAACAUGCAUGCAUCGCUCUUGCAAGAGAAGCACAGGAUUUUACAUAAACUGUUGCAGAAUGGUAAUUCUCCAGCAGAGGUGGCCAAGAUCACAGCUGAAGCUACUGGUAAAGACACAUAUCAUGAUGCUACUAACGCAGCUUCCUGUGGAGAAGGCACUGUCAAACAUGAACAACUGAGCCCAAAGAAGAAAGAAAACAAUGCUUUACUAAGAUAUCUACUAGAUAAAGAUGAUAUUAAGGACCCACUUUCCAAAGAGUUGAAGCCUAAAGUAGAAGGUGUGGGUAAUAAGAUGGGACAAUGCACAAGUUCUACAAUUCCUACUUCAAGUCAAGAAAAAGAGAUGAAAAUAAAAAUGGAGCCAGCAGACGAGAUGAAUGGAGACUUGGAUAAUUUGGAUGGAAUUCUAGGUGAUUUUACUAGUUCAGAGUUUUACAAUAAUGCUGUGUCUGCAAAUGGAAAUAACCCUGGAACAAAACAAGCAUUGUUUCAAGGAAAUGCCCUGUUAGGUGUGAAGAGUCCCCAGUCUGUGCAGACCACUCGCCCACCUUUUAACAGAGCCUUGUCUUUAGACAGCCCUACUGGCUCAGGUGCUUCAGUGAGGAAUGUCAAUGCGUUCUCCAUGUUACAAAAGCAAACCUUGAUGGGUGGAAGUCCAAGAAUGAUUGAAAACCAAGAAAAUUUUGGAGCAAAUCUGGCAAGCACUCUCAACAGAAAUGCGGCGAUGAAUCAGCACCAGUCAGGAGACUGGGGUUUGCAAAACUCCAAAGUGAACAGAUUGGAAUCUGCAAGUUCUGCUUCAAUGUUGAGACCAGGACCUGAAUUUAGUACAACCCUUCCAAGGCCCCCAGAGGGUGGCUCUGUGUCUGGGCUGCCUCUUCGCUCUAACAGCAUACCUGGUACUAGGCCAAUGCCGCAACAGCAAAUGAUUCACAUGAGACCAAAUGAGAUAAACAUUGACAUGGGGGGGAAUCUGUAUGGACAGCCUGGACCAUCUAACCAACCUGAGUUGUGGCCUGACAAUAUGAUGUCCAUGGAGCAAGCGUCACGGGGUUCACAAAACAGACAAUUAGUUAGAAGCUCUUUGGAUGAUCUCUUAUGUUCGGCACCAAAUGUGGAAGGCCAGAAUGAUGAAAGAGCACUUCUGGAUCAGCUGCACACACUGCUGAGUAAUACAGAUGUCACAGGUCUGGAAGAAAUUGACAGAGCAUUAGGAAUUCCUGAUCUUGUAAACCAAGGACAAGCUUUGGAACCCAAACAAGAUUCAUUUCAAGGUCGGGAAUCUUCAGUUAUGAUUGACCAGAAGCCUUUGUUAUAUGGUCAACCCUAUCAAGGGCAAGGGGCAGCAAUGCCAGGAGGUAACAUCCAGGGACAACAGCAGUCUUUUAAUUCAGUGAUGAAUCAGAUGAGCCAGCUGAGCAAUUUUCCUACGCAAAGUAUGCACCCGCGAGCAAACAUGGUGAGACCUCGGACCAACACACCAAAGCAGCUACGCAUGCAGCUCCAGCAGAGGCUCCAGGGACAGCCGUUUGUGAAUCAGACCCAUCAAAUGCUUGAAAUAAAAAUGGAAAAUCCAGUCAGUGGUACUAACUCAGUGAUGAGACCAGUUAUGCAGCCACAGGUGGGAUCCCAGCAGCAAGGUUUUCUUAAUGCUCAAAUGGUGGCUCAGCGUAACAGGGAACUAGUAAGUCACCAUUUUAGACAACAGAGGAUGGCAAUGAUGAUGCAGCAGCAACAGCAACCUCAGGCCUUCAGUCCACCACCAAAUGUGGCAGCCUCAGGAAGCAUGGAUAGUGCUUUGACAGGUCCUCCAAUGGCUCAAGUUCCUUCACAGCAAUUUCCAUAUGCACCUAAUUAUGGAAUAAGCCAACAACCUGAUUCUGCAUUUAGUAGAGUAUCAAGCCCUCCCAAUCCAAUGGUAUCAUCAAGAAUUGGACCUGCCCAGAACCCUAUGCUGCAGCAUCCUCAGUCAGCAACAAUGUACCAGUCCUCAGAGACAAAGGGCUGGCCCUCAGGAAGCAUGCCCAGAAACAGUUCUUUUCCCCAGCAGCAGUUCAGCCAUCAAGGUAGCCCAGCAGCGUACAGUGUGAUGCACAUGAAUAGCAGCAGUGGCCAUAUUGGACAGAUGAGUAUUAAUACCAUGCCUAUGUCAGGACUGCCUAUGGGGCCAGACCAGAAAUACUGCUGACAUCUAGAACCACAUCUUCAAACAAGAAUGGCUGAAUGCACUAGUGUUAGAAAGGAAGGUGACACAUCCUUCAUGGCAAGUCAUACUGGGCUUACAGAAACCAGUGAUAAAUUUCCUCAUCCAGAGGAAAACGAACCAAAAAAACUCCUACCCAACAAAAAUGCAUUUUAGUAGAAGCAGCCCUAUGUAUUACUGUAUGAUGUGGGGUACAAAAAAAGGCUGUUACUAUUUUUGGCACUCAUCCUCUAGAAAUGUGAAUUGGUAAUGGUGUUUUAAUAGAUUGGAAUGGGUAGACUCCUGGUAUACAUUAUCUGUUUACUGUAGCUAUCCAAAGCUCUUUAGCCCAGGCAGACAAAAGUGGCUGGAAAAGUCACAGUGGUAAGAAUUUAAUGAUUUCUCUAAUAACAAUAUCUGACAGAGAAUAUAGUUCUUUGCCUUGGCUCUUUUAUAUAGAUUCCUGAAUAUAAAUGCUGCUGUUAGUCUCUUACCCCAAGAGUCAGGGAUUUCCCAAGCAAAGUAGCAGUGCAAAAUUAACUGGCACAUGCUAGUCCAAAAUCCUGUCUGUUGAAGCCAAGGGAUAAAAAGAGAGGAUAAACAAUUUAAAUUAUUUAAACACAAUUGUGACUAAUAUUUACAUAUUGCUGUGCAGCUGAGUGCACUUUAUAGAAGACAAUAUAAUGGAUUAAUGCAAUAUCUUUGAUAAGGACUUAAUCUGAAGGGUAGAGUUAGCUCAAGUUCCUUCUCAAACACAAUCUCUUAAGAAUUGUUUCAAAAGACUGCAUUAUUUAAUGUUUUCUGUGUAUGGAAAUUAGAGCAAUAAUCUUUCUUUUUUUUUUUUUUUUUUUUUUUUGAAAAUAUCUUCAGAAAACUUAUGGCAAGACUCUGCAGUCAGAAUUGGAAUUUUGCAGUCUUUUUUGUGAAUAAAUUUUGUAAAUAUGAGCUUUAAAAUAAUGUAUUAUAUAUAUGACUUUUGUAGGUCACUAACUCAUUUUUGCAGAGUUGGUGAAGCUAAAUAUUUAAUGAAAUUGAUUUCUGAAAACUGAGUGUAGUUGAGGUCCAAAUAGAAUUUUUUUACUAUUAUUAAAUUUAGGGACUUUGAAGCUGGGUGACUUUGGCCCACAUAUUUCUCUUCUUUGGUCUUCAACACUUCAUUUAUUUUUACAUCUUUAAGAUAGAUCUUUUUAUUUAAAAAAAAAAAAAAAAAAAAAAAAAAAAAAAAAAAAAAAAAAAAAGACUGGUUGUUCAAUACUUUCUCCACCUGUGAGCACUUUUGUUACAUUAGUUUUUACCUAAGGCAAUUUGACACAAAGGCUCUGCAUUGGGAGAUCUUACAGCUUGUCAGGACAGACAUGUCUGUCUGUAAUAGGUUGCCUUUUCAGCUGAUGAAUCUGGAUUGUCUUUUUGGUCAAUUCUGAUGAACUCUAAAUGUUCUUUGAAAAUGUUUGUCUGUUGCAAAAUAUUUGUUGCUAUGUAACAUCCAGAAAUCUUUAAGGAUAUUAAGCCACACUUUAACCAAAUGUCUACACUUCAUUGGAUUGUUCUAAUAGUAACGAAUGUAUUUUCUAAGCAGAUUUCUGUCAUAGCAGUAUUUAAGUCUGGUUACAUUUUAUUUGCUGAUAGCGUGGGGGUUUUAUCCCCCAUUUUGGGUGCUUGAAAUGAAGAUCCCUUUGCACUUUUUGUAGCUGCAAGGAAUUAAACCGCUAAACCUUCAUAAGGGAUGAGGAUGACCCAGAAAUGGUUAAGCUGUUGUGGAGGUGCUUCUGUCCUGUUGUUCAUUGUGUAAUGGAAAACUGAUUUCUCCAAAGUGAGUAAAAGAAACAACAAAAAAACCCCCCUGAUCUGUGGGUUUUCUUGCUUAUUCCUGGUACUGUUAGCAAGUUGUUUUAUUGUUCAGAAUAUUCAGUGAUCUUACAUUUUAAGAAGUAGAAUUAAUUUCAGUAGAAGUGAUCUCAAAAAUUCAUCCUUAGCACCUAGCCAGCUGUGUUUCAAAGGGAAUGUAGUGUCAAUCGAUCUACUUCAUGCAACCCUGUCUCUUCCACUAGUACUGAGUAUAUAGAUUAUCACAGCAUUUAUAUGAAAUUUUCAGUCCAAUUAGUGUGUGUUUAUAAAGCAAAACUUUUAAAAUCCUAAGGAACUUUUAUCUUCUAAUUUGUUGGAACAUACAAUUUUGUUGAGUAAGGGCUACUUACUGAGGGUGAAAGGCAACAAUCCCUUGUUUUUUAUAUCAAAUCAGAGUAAAACAAUAUUUAUAUUUUGUAGUUGUUCAUUACACUGAUGGAAACUACAAACACCGGUUGCUUUCCUUAGGUGAGCUCUUACACUGCUAUAUACAUCUUUCAGUACAAUUUUUUUUUUUAAAUAGUAAUUGUUUAUACAUCUGUGUUUAACUGACAUUAUAAAGGCUCAUACUUUUGUCAUCUGUUUAGAAUGUUGUAACUUUCCAGUACCUACUUUUUUUUUCUGAAUUAGAAGACUUUUAGUUUAAACCUGAUGAAGGGGCAGGGGGCAUUUUUGAAAUGCACUGACAGCCUCUUUUGUGGCAGCACUAAAUAGGACAUCUAGUUUGAAAUCUGUUGAGAUUUAGUUACCACCAUCAAUUUUGCUUUGGUCCUAUAGCAGUAGAUUUUUCUGAAUGUUUUUUUUAAAUAAAACUCAUGUAACAUUAUUCAGCAGCAAGAGAUGAAUUAGCCAGGACAGGAAUCUCUGAUUACUGCUGCAUAAAAGAGCAUUGUUUUGCUAUGUCUCUAUUACUAUUUUGAUCACAGAAACCAUGUAUUUAUUAAACUUGUAUGUAGUGUACUUUUUGCCUUGGCCUAAAAUACUGCUUCCAAAGUGAGAAAUUCAGACUAUGUUUCUGUCACAAGACAAAAAUUACUUGAAUGUUGCACCAGUUCCACCUUUUAUUAUAGAAUUUAUGUGCAGACUACCAGAUGUCAGAAUGAUACAGCAAGUAUGAAACCACAUGAUUCUGAGAGCAAUAUUUAAAAAAAUUCUCAGGAAAAGGCAUAUGGUAUUGAGAACUGCAUCUAAGUUUCGUUUCCAUUAUAAGUAUUGCUUGAAAUAUCCAUAUCUUUAUUUUGCAAAACAGAAAAAUCAUGGGUUCUGCUUUAUAAAAGGGUUGGUUUUAAGGUGUAACUGCCCUUCUGGUUUUUGUGUUUGGAUGUUAAUAGUAAUGUAAAUAAAGGUUUGUAUUUAAAAUCAGAA